UAUUUUUCCCUUUCAGGUGAGAUGUCUGAAAAGUUAAGUAGGUGCCGUAAGGAGCUAGCAGCAGCUAUUGAUCGAGCAAUGGAAGAUCUCUCCAUUCCUUUCCUUCCUUCCCAAGAUGCCAGCAACAACCAGGACUCUGAUUUGCCAAUAGUGCAACUUUCUACACCCCCUAAUGUAGAUAUCCUUAAUUCUAAGGGAGAGGUAAUAUCUCCAACUGUGUAUUACCCCCAGCCAUCUUCAGCAGUCUCUUCUCCUGAAAAAGAGAAUCCCCUCCUUAGGUCAAAUCUCUUUCCAGUGACGGUAACCUCGAGUAUUGCAUGUACCAAACGGGAACCGUUGAUGAGUAAGGAAAAUACAUGGUUGCACUCCCCAAUCUUUAUGGCUGACAAGCAGUAUUUAAUCAGCCUACAAGACAGUGAGAGAUGGAAGAAAGGACAAGUAAGCAAAACUGAUGAACGAUCCAUGAAGUCAGAAACAAACCUAAUUUCCUGUGAUGUUCCUCCAGAAAAUCCAAAGGAUCAUGAAGAUAUGUCUGCUGGUAAGCAAUAUUUCCUCUGUUCCAUAGAUCUGGAGCAAACAACCAGCUUUUUAUGCACUUUUCCCUCCACUGCAGAUGACUCCUCAGCUGUCCAUCUGGGUGAGAGGAACACUUUCCGAAAGGUCCUAGAACACAGCCCAGAAGAUGAAGCUAUCAUUGAAACCUUGUUGGAUAUGGAAGAGGAGUACAGAUUAAACAGCUCCACCUUGCACCAGCUUCACUAGGCAGGUGGUGUGAAGUGUGAGCUAUUUUUAAGAUUUGGUAGUAACAUUUGAAACCAUGCAAGCAAUCCUGACU